GACCACGCACUGAUCAUUUCUCCGCCAGAUUGUCGACAGCAAGUUGAUUUACUCAGAAAUAGAGCACAAAAAUUGACAGAGGCUUAAGAUUUUUUUUUAAAGAGCUUAACUCACAACACAGACAGACUGAACAAAAGAGUGAGAUACGAAGUAAAAAAGAGAGGAAGUUGAUGUCUCUGGGAGUGAAUGGCUCGUGGAGGGGCUCUGUCCCAUCCUCCAUCCCUCCUGCCUUCCUUUCUCACCUCUCCCCCAGCACUGACCUGGGAGUCACCAUCUUCCUCAUCCUCACAGGUGUAGUAUCAGUGGUUGGGAAUGGCAUAGUGCUGUUGGUUUACUGUAGAAAGAAGAAGAAACUCAGACCACCAGAACUCAUGACUAUCAACCUGGCCAUCUGUGAUUUUGGAUACAGCAUCUUGGGGGCGCCAUUCCCCAUAAUUUCCAGUGUGUCCCAUGGCUGGAUGUUUGGGGAAGCAGGGUGCCUGUGGUACGGGUUUCAGGGCUUUGUUUUUGGGAUCGGCUCCCUCAUCACCACCUGUCUCAUCUCUCUGGACCGCUGCCUCAAGAUCUGUAACUUCAGAUACGGUCAGUGGAUAGAGAGACAUCACUUGUCCAAGUCCAUAGGGCUGGUGUGGUUCUACACUCUGUUCUGGGCCUCCCUGCCUGUCUUCGGCUUCGGCAGCUACGGACCAGAACCCUUUGGGACCAGCUGCACCAUCAACUGGUGGGGGAUAAGGUCAUCUCUGAGCGACAGGGUCUACAUCUUCCUGAUCCUGAUCAUGUGCUUUGUUCUCCCCACACUGACCAUCGUCACCUCCUACAUGGCUAUUCUGCUGACGGUUUACCGUUCUAGUCGCGCUCUGGCAUCUAUUCCCUCCUCAACUGUCACUCACACCAGCAAAGACCUGAGACUCACAAAGAUAGCAGCUGUGGUGUGCUCCACUUUCCUCUUAUCCUGGACUCCCUAUGCCAUCGUCUCCCUCUACUCUGCCCUGGCCCCCAAGGAGGAGCAGGGGUCCGGGGAGGCCAUGCAGGGAGGAAGCCCCUCCAUGGGGACUGGAGGAUCCACCGGGAUGGGCUCAGCCUUCCCAAACAUCCCUAACAUCAUGGGUCUCCUCAAUUGGACCUCCACGGAAAACUACGGAAGCAACUACGGAAGUGUCUACUACGACCCUGGAGAAUCCUUGCGGGACGUGACCAGCCCAGAUCCCUACUCCUAUUCUGGCUCAGGCCUCAGUCUGUCUGCUGCUUCCACCCGCAGUUCAGCCCCAGGCCAGGAGGGGGAGGCAGAGACAGGGAGCAACCAGCCGGUGUCCUGCCUGCCACCUAUUGUGUCUCUGAUCCCAGCAAUGUUCGCCAAGUCUCACUGCAUGAUUAACCCCUUCAUCUACCAGAUCAUGAACAAGGAGUUCAGAGAGGACGUGUACGACAUACUGUUUGGGAGACAGAACGGGGAGAGGAGGAGAAUGCGGGGAGGAGCAGUGAGCUACUCUGACACACACAAAGGCAGCCUCUCCUACUGCCACAGCUGGCGACGGAGUCGCAACCCCAAGGCCAUGCCCAUGGUGGAGUUGGGGAAGAAAAAGAGGGAUGGAGACACCAUCUCGGUGGGGUGGGACGCCCUGGGCGUGGCCUCGCUGGACACACAGGUCAACAUGGACGGGCAGAGACUGAGCGAGGGAGAGAGAGAGACAGAGAGAGAGCUGGGGGGUUCCACCUCUAGUAGUCUGUUGACCGAGUGAUAGAGGGAGAGAUGGAUAAGAGAGAGGUUGAGAGGAUGUUUAGGAGCAGAGACAUAAAACAUUGUAUCGUAGUGUUUUGAGCUGUCUCUUUUAAAAUGUAGCCAAAACAUUAGUAUUAUUAUAUAACCAACAAAUAUGAUAUGUAAAAUAUAAACUAUGUUUUUAUUUGUACAUAUUGUUUGUAUAUUUUACCUCUAUAUCUAAGCACCAACACAGAUGUCUGCUGCAGUUUUGAAAAUGGUAUUCCAUCUUUUUUAGUUAGUCUAGUUUGUAGUUUGUUUUAGUCUUUGUCAACACUGUGCUAAUAGGCCUGUGGGUUAUGGUUCACAUUAUAGUUUCACACAAUAGAAUAGUGUGUAAAAUUGUAUGUAUUUUGUAACAAAAUAAAAUC